AUGGGUUCCGCAGAAGAAUUCCAGACGGCGCAGAUCAACCGCUCGAUCCGCACAAUCAAAGCAGAGCUCGAGUACCUAUGUGAUGCCUCAGUACUCACGCCGCAAGCGCUCAACGACCUCCUCAGCCGCAUCCCCGCUCAGACAGCGCUGCAUGCGCCGAUAUCAGUCGGCGCUGUACCCUCCGCGGUGAACGCACCCACGUUACCACCGACGGCUGCUCUUAACAACGUUUCUCUGAACGAGCAGCGCAACGGUGAAAGCAACCCAAUUGGCCACUACAACGAGAAGUCCGAUUUCUACCAGCCCAGCGCAACGUCGCAGCCCCCACCCGCUUACAACACACCACCUCCGGCAGCCAACUGGCCGCCACUCGCCCAAGCGACAGCGCUAUACGCCUACACGUCCGCAGACGCGGGUGAUCUGGAGCUGCAACCAAACGAUCAUGUCACCGUAACCGAAUACAUGAACGCCGAAUGGUGGAAGGGUCGCUCUACUCGCACCGGGCUGGAGGGCAUCUUCCCGCGUAGUUACGUAAAGGUCAUUGAAGAAAAGGGCCCGCCUCAACCGAGCAGCACUUCCAACAACUAUGGGAAUAUGCCUCUAGAAGUCAGUGGACAAGGGAAUGGCGAGGGUAAAGUACCGGGCAAGGCCGAACAACAGGGCAAGAAGUUUGGCAAGAAGCUGGGUAAUGCUGCCAUCUUCGGAGCUGGUGCGACAAUUGGAGGGAACAUUGUCAACAGUAUCUUCUAA